AUGACCUCCAGCAAAAUUGAGAUGCCAGGUGGGCUGAAGGCGGACCCGGCGGCUCUGAUGGCUUCCCUGCAUUUGCUCCCGUCUCCCACCCUCAACCUGGAGAUAAAGUACACUAAGUUACCUUUGUCUUUGUUUAAUAUCCAUUUUCUUCUCAUUCAGAUUUUCAUCAACAAUGAAUGGCAAAACUCCGAGAGUGGGAAAAUAUUCCCCGUGUCCAACCCUGCAACAGGAGAGCAGAUCUGUGAGGUGCAAGAGGCUGAGAAGCCUGACACAGACAAAGCCGUGAGGGCCGCUCGCCUCGCCUUCUCUCUGGGCUCCGUGUGGAGGAGGCUUGAUGCCUCGGAAAGGGGGCGCCUCUUGGACAAGCUGGCUGACCUGGUGGAAAGAGACAGAGCCUUACUGGCUACCAUGGAGUCACUGAACAGUGGGAAGCCCUUCCUGCAGGCUUUCUAUGUUGACCUUCAGGGCGUCAUCAAGACUCUGCGCUAUUAUGCUGGCUGGGCAGACAAAAUCCAUGGAGCGACCAUUCCUGUGGACGGAGAUUAUUUCACCUUUACAAGACAUGAGCCCAUCGGUGUGUGCGGACAGAUCAUCCCUUGGAAUUUCCCCCUGCUGAUGUUUGCGUGGAAGAUUGCACCUGCUCUCUGCUGCGGCAACACCAUCGUCAUCAAGCCGGCGGAGCAAACGCCGCUGACCGCGCUCCACAUGGGAGCCCUCAUCAAGGAGGCUGGGUUUCCACCCGGAGUGGUCAAUAUCGUGCCAGGAUUUGGACCCACCACCGGCGCAGCGAUUGCUUCUCACGUUGGGAUUGAUAAGAUUGCCUUCACGGGAUCCACUGAGGUUGGCAAGCUGAUCCAAGAAGCGGCUGGGAGGAGUAACUUAAAGAGGGUGACACUGGAACUUGGGGGGAAGAGCCCCAAUAUUAUCUUUGCCGAUGCCGACUUGGAUUACGCAGUGGAGCAGGCACAUCAGGGGGUCUUUUUCAACCAAGGCCAGUGCUGCACCGCCGGCUCACGGAUCUAUGUGGAGGAGCCCAUCUACGAGGAGUUUGUUCGAAGGAGCGUUGAGCGCGCCAAGAGGAGGGUGGUGGGGAGUCCUUUUGACCCCACCACAGAACAAGGACCACAGAUUGAUAAGAAACAAUACAACAAGAUCCUGGAGCUGAUUCAGAGCGGCAUUGCUGAAGGUGCAAGGCUGGAAUGUGGAGGCAAAGGGCUGGGAAGGAAGGGAUUCUUCAUCGAACCCACUGUCUUUUCCAACGUAACAGAUGAUAUGCGCAUUGCCAAGGAAGAGAUCUUUGGGCCUGUUCAAGAAAUCCUGCGGUUUAAAACCAUGGAUGAAGUUAUUGAAAGAGCCAACAAUUCAGACUUUGGACUGGUUGCUGCCGUCUUCACCAAUGACAUCAACAAGGCCUUGACCGUUUCCUCCGCAAUGCAAGCAGGAACUGUCUGGAUAAAUUGUUACAAUGCCUUAAAUGCCCAGAGCCCUUUUGGAGGAUUCAAAAUGUCUGGCAAUGGGAGAGAGAUGGGAGAGUGUGGACUGCGAGAAUAUUCCGAAGUGAAAACUGUGACGAUAAAGGUUCCUCAGAAGAACUCGUAAGAAGACAAUGUGCUGAUCACUGCAGUACAUCAAGUGACCCUCUGUAUUCCUUUUAUGGGGACUAGCACUCAGGAAUUUUUUUAAAAAACAACGACACAGAUUUCUUUUUAAAAUAGCAUUGCAACCAGGCUUGCCAUUAAGCUGGGUGGGUUUUCACCCCACUGCUGGCCACAAACCACUUGUUUAAUAUAGUACAGUUAGAAAACCUUCAGAAAUGUUCCCACUAUACAAAUUGCAAGUAAACACACGCUAUCAUGUUCCUGAAAAGAAAGCCUGUUUUAAACUGAC